CUUGUAACCUUUUGUUUUUAGAUUUCCAACAUCCCUAAUAGACCUCCUUGGAGCUCCUUCAGCCAAGUCAAUGGCGUCCUCAUCCUCUACGACUGUGCCUCUAGGAUUCCACUAUGAAACAAAAUAUGUUGUUCUCAGCUACUUGGGACUUUUCUCUCAGGAGAAACAACAAGGUCCCUCACCCCAAGGAGUUCAACUAGAUGUCGCUCCACAGUCUCUGAAUCCAGAAGUUUUAUUAAAAAUUAAAUCUGAGAUUGAGGAAGAACUGAAAUCCUUGGACAAAGAAGUCUCUGAAGCCUUCACCAGCACAGGCUUUGACUGUCACACCUCACCAGUGUUCAGCCCUGCUAACCCUGAAAGCUCCGUAGAGGACUGCUUGGCCCAGCUUGGAGAGAGAGUGUCCCAAGACCUGAGCGAACCUUUGCAGAAAGCGCUGCAGACGAUCCUCAGCCAGCCAGUGACAUAUGAGGCAUAUCGUGAAUGUACAGUGGAGACUGCAGUCCACGCCAGCGGAUGGAAUAAGAUUUUGGUGCCUCUAGUUUUGCUACAACAAAUGCUUUUGGAAUUGGCACGGCGUGGUCAAGAGCCUUUGAGUACGCUGCUACAGUUUGGUGUGAUGUAUCUGGAGGAGCACGGAGCAGAGUUCAUCAUUCAGCAAGGUGGCUGGGGCACUGUCUUUAGUCUUGAGUCUGAGGAGGAGGAAUUCCCUGGAAUCAUUGCAGAAGAUAGCAAUGACAUUUAUAUACUGCCCAGUGACAACUCCGGACAAGUUAGUCCCCCUGAGUCUCCCACAGUGACAACGUCUUGGCAGUCAGAGAGCCUGCCUGUCUCACUGUCUGCCAGCCAGAGCUGGCACACAGAGAGCCUCCCGGUGUCCCUCGGGCCUGAGUCCUGGCAGCAGAUUGCAAUGGAUCCUGAAGAAGUGAAGAGCCUAGAUAGCAGCGGGGCUGGAGAGAAGAGUGAGAACAAUUCCUCUAACUCUGACAUCGUGCAUGUGGAGAAGGAGGAGGUACCAGAGGAGGCCUUCCCGGGAGCCACUGCUCCCUUGCUCCCACAGGUCACUCCCAUGGAAGCCUCAGAAAUGAUGAGAGUUGAGAAAACCAGCCCCACUCCGUCUGUGUUUGUGGAGCUUGGUGAGGAAGAUCUGGAAGUUGUAACAGUGAGACCCGAUGCUGUGGAGAGGGUGGAAGGGGCCGCUCAGCUGAGCGAGGAGAGAUCUGGGAGGAGGAAAAAGAGCCACACUGGGGAGGCCAUCGCUGCCAGGGGGGCAAAGAGUGGCCUGCCUACCGAGGGCAAGGCUGUACUGCUCUUUGGAGGGGCCGCUGCGGUGGCUCUCCUGGCUGUGGCAGUUGGAGUUGCACUGGCUUUAAGGAAGAAGUAACAGUCUGUUCAGACGAGAGACAAGACAGACAGACCUGCGGCUUUAGUUGUAUUCACUGGGACUUAGACUGCCAGCAACUGACUGGACGUUACAGGACACUGGGGGAGCUGGACUUUCUGCUCAGCGUGGCAAUGGCUUGAGACAGUGUUCACAUUGGCCUGGUUGUCAUUUUAAGGGCCUUGGCUCAUGCUAGAUUCAGAAGGGCAAGAGAGAAGUUCCCAUCUACAACAGGUUAGUGAACUUGGGCACCGUUGGCCUUUCAGUAAUUCCGUGUAGGAGGCCGCCCUGUGCAUUACGUAAUGAUCGGCAACAUCCCUGCCUUCUACCCACUAGAUGCCACUGGACCCCACUCACGGUGACGGUAGCCAAAAAUGUCUCCUACAUUGCCAAAUGUCCCCUGUGGACAAAGUCAUCUCCCUUUUGAGGGCCACUGCUUUAAGGGAUAGGGUUCAAUUAGGAGAAUUGAGGAGGAACCUGCAGCUGGGAUGGCCAGCU